ACUGAACAGGGAGGAGGAGUGAGGAGCGUCUCCUCGUCUUUGGCUGCAGCUUCAAACACAAACACACUCUCUAUAAUAAGCUGCAGAGGGUCGGUGUGUGCGUGGGUGUGUGUGCUGAGCAGGGGGGAUUGCAGCUGAAGAUUCAGGUUUGUGAAGCAGCGAGAACAAAGCUGAAGUCGACUGUGUGAGCUGAAGGUCCGUCACUACGGCAACAGGCUGAACCAGCUCCCGCAAGGACGAAGACGAACCAUCCCGAGGAAAAGUCCGAUCCGACGGCAGGAGGACCUGAGGAAGAACAGCCCGACAUGUCUCCGGUCCGACCCGCCGCCGUCCUGCUCAGCUGCUGCCUCCUCUGCUUCGUACCACCCUGCGCAGGUAAAGGAAUUGAUUGCAGCUGCAACAUCACCAACAGCCGCUGUGACGACUUUGGAGUCUGCAGGUGUGAUCCUGGCUGGGAUGGGGAACACUGUGAGCGCUGCGUUACGAUGCCCGGCUGUGUGCACGGUUCCUGCUUGCAGCCGUGGCAGUGCAGCUGUGAUCUGGGUUGGGGCGGGAGGUUCUGUGACAAAGACCUGAGCGCAUGCUCGCAGCAGCCGUGUCAGAACGGCGCCACCUGCGUGAUGCAGGACAGCGGAGACGUCACCUGUCUGUGUCCUGAAGGCUUCCACGGCCCGAACUGCAAGCGGAGAACCGGACCGUGUCAUCAGAGGAGGUCUCCGUGUAAAAAUGGCGGUCUGUGUGAAGAUGCUGAUGGGUUGGCGGUGGAACCAGCGUGUCGCUGCCUUGCCGGCUUCACGGGACCGCACUGCGAGACGGAUGUGGACGACUGUCUGAUGAUGCCGUGUGCCAAUGGUGCCACCUGUCUGGAUGGCGUCAACCGCUUCUCGUGCGUUUGCCCCGCUGGCUUCACCGGACGGUUUUGCACCAUCAACCUGGACGACUGCUUCAGCCGGCCAUGCCUGAAUGGCGGCCGCUGCCUUGAUCGCGCCGGAGGCUUCUACUGCAUCUGCCAGCCCGGCUUCAGCGGAACCACCUGCGAGAUUCCAUUGAGCCAUCGAAACACCAGCCGACCCAGCUGGACAAACCUCGGCUGGGAGGGAGGGGGAGGCGGGGAGCAUAGCCACAGCAACAGGAAUAGCAGUCGUCAUGACAACAGGCUCCUAAAGGUGACAGUCAAUGAACACAGUGCCAGUGGCCUCACGGACCUGCAACUCAUCAUAAUCUGUGUCCUGGGCGGGACCACGGUGGGCAUGGUGGUCCUGACCGCCAUCCUCAUCCUGCAGGGCCGCUGCAGGGACUGUGGUCACGCCCCCUGUUUGUCGACAUCAUCAGCUUCGUCUUCAUCACAGGGAGGUGAACUGAAUGGCCAGCAAGCGGGCUGCGACGAGCAGGAGUGUCGGAUCAGCUUCCUGAAUGCAGCAGAACCACAGAAAAAGAAACUCAACAUGGAGGUGAUUUAGAUUGAGGGCGAGCGAGCACGACAAAAACAGAGAGAGAGAGCUGGUCGUAGGUUGUGGCUUCGUCGGAAUUCGGCUGCUCAUAUUCUGCCAGCAGUCACCUGGUCAGAUCACGCUGUGGUCAGAUGUUUCGGCACUGUUACCCACAAUGCCCCUCUGGCAGCAGGCCCAGAGGGGGCGUGGCUUAUGAACAGCACCUGAUCGGAACUUUGUAAGUUUCGGAAGUUUUCCUUCAGCCUGGAGCUGAAAACGUUUUUGGAAUUUGAUCAAAAAUCUGAAACGGCUCAUUUCCGCCGCCAGUCUGUUUUCCGACAGACUUCUUCCAGACUGAAACACAACUUUCAUUUCUGCUCCAGUUUGUGGUCAUGACGCCGGUUUUUAGUGGUGUCAAAUCUACAGACUUCAUGGAGCAUCAUGAGCUCAAGUUGCUAAACCGAAUAAAUUCAUGAGCUUCAGGUAACCAUCAGUAGGAAAACAUCUGGACAUAAACGCCGUUGGGGAAAGAUCAGGACAUGAAGACGUUCCUCUGAUGACACACUCAUGUUUGCUUUCACUUCAUCGGGAUUGAAGUUUUAAUUCUACUUAAAUUUAUAAAUUCAAUGAAUCAUAAAAAUGUUUAUAUGUUUAUAUCAGUGAUCUGAAGUGACAUUGGAUAUUCUGAAUCUGUAAAAUCACCAUAAAACAAAGGUCAGUUGUAUCAGGUUCAAUUAAUAUCAGUUACUUUUCAAUGUAAAUAAAAGAAAAAGAAAAACUGAGGAUAAAUAUGAUUUUCCAAAAAGUUCCAAAAAAGUUGGGACACUGUGUAAAAUGUAAAUAAAAACAAUGUAUU